AUGAACAUGCCACUGCAUCAGAUCUCUGCCAUUCCAUCCCAGGAUGCCACUUCUGCUAGAGUCUACAGAAGUAAAACCAAAGAAAAGGAGAGGGAAGAACAGAAUGAGAAGACUUUGGGACAUUCCAUGAGUCAUUCAAGCAACAUUUCUAAGGCUGGGGGCUCCUCGGUGGCAUCGGCUCCAGUGUCCUUCGCUCGCACUUCCGUCACGCCCUCCAAUCAGGACAUCUGCAGUUCCAGUGCAGUGUUUUCUGAGUGUUGUCACCACAGUCCCGUGCCAUCUGCUGUUGUCUUGAAAGCUCCUCCCUGCCAGAGUUCUCUGACCCAAGGGCUCACUGUGACAAUUGUCUGUCAAGACACAGCGCAGGCCUCAAAGAGAAAUUCCUGUGGUUCAGAGUGGGUCCAGGCCUUGAAGCCUACUAAGAAUACCAAAGCCAGAAGAACACUAAAGUUCUCAAAAUCCCUAAACGAUGUGGGUGAGAACGCCCGGGAUGCCUUGGAAAGUUUUGACUACGUGGAGAGAACCUGCUCUGAAGGGAAACUGGUACUUCCUCAGGACCCAUGUCUCAGAACCAACAGGUUCCACCAGAGAGAAAGAAGAAUACUGAAUCGCAAAGCCCUGGGCAGUUCCAAGCAUUCUUGUGUCUCAUCCCUUUCUGCCAAUCGUUCAGCAGCCUCAGAAGCAGGAGCCAGCAAGGGGGGCAUGCAUGUCCUGCUUCUGGACGAGAAGGCGGAUGGCGAGGCCCUGUCCCGAAGCCGGAGGCUGCUGCGGUACCUGCUGUCACUCUCACACGGCUCGAGCACCAGCAGCCUGCACCGUUUCCACGAGCUGGAGAGCCGUGCCACCAGCCCGCAGCCCGCCAAGUCCUCCAGCAGGCUGGCCGGGAGUGCCGGCUUCGACUCCGAUGAGAUGGGGGACGACGACGUCUUUGAGGAGAGCACAUCUGCGAAACUGAAGAGCAGGGUGCUGCGGGCGCCCCUCUGCUCCGUGGAGAAGGACAGUGACCUGGAUUGUCCUUCCCCCACCUCUGAAAAGGGCCCCCGCAUCUCUCCUGUGUCCACAUCAGGGGAUGCCUGCAGGAUCUGUCACUGUGAAGGGGAUGACGAGAGCCCUCUGAUCACGCCCUGCCACUGCACAGGGAGCCUCCACUUCGUGCACCAGACCUGCCUGCAGCAGUGGAUCAAGAGCUCUGACACGCGAUGCUGUGAGCUGUGCAAGUACGAAUUCAUCAUGGAGACCAAGCUGAAGCCGCUGAGAAAAUGGGAGAAGCUGCAGAUGACGUCCAGCGAGCGCAGGAAGAUCAUGUGCUCCGUGACCUUCCACGUCAUCGCCAUCACCUGUGUGGUCUGGUCCUUGUAUGUGCUCAUCGACCGCACCGCCGAGGAGAUCAGGCAGGGUCAGGCAACAGGAAUCCUAGAGUGGCCCUUUUGGACUAAGUUGGUGGUUGUGGCCAUUGGCUUUACUGGUGGACUUCUUUUCAUGUACGUUCAGUGCAAAGUGUAUGUACAGUUAUGGAGGAGACUCAAGGCUUAUAACAGAGUAAUCUAUGUCCAAAACUGUCCAGAAACAAGCAAAAGGAAUAUUUUUGAAAAAUCUGCACUAACAGAGCCCAGCUUUGAAAAUAAAGAUGGACGUGGAGUCUGUCAUUCCGAUACAAACUCUUCUUGUUGCACAGAACCUGAAGACACUGGAGCGGAGAUCAUUCACGUCUGA